AUGAAUUUACUAUAUAUAUUAGUCUCAUCAAUUGUUUUAGAAACAUAUUCAGAAAUUGGUUCACUAACAGAAGACUUUAAUCAACUUCAAAGAUUUUAUCAAAGUGAAAAAGAUUAUGAAAUCGAAAUAAAAAAUGUGUUAGAAACAAAUGAACUUGUUCCUGAAAAUACUGAUAAUAUAGACGAUAAUGAAGAAACACAAUAUUUCGAUAAUCAAAAUACUAUUAAAGAAAAUAAUGAAGAGCAAGAAGCUAGUAAAAAAGUAACUACUCUUUUAGAUCAACAAGACAAAGAUACCUUUAUUCAUAAACUCUAUACUACAAUCUGUUGUAAAACUAGAAUAU